AUGUUCUCAGCACGAUCACCCGCCCGAGCCGCUCUGCGGAAGUUCAAUGCCGCCGCCCGGCCCGCCACAGCCCCAACCACGAUCUCGCGAUCUUAUGCCUCCCGGCCCAACGCCUCUGCGUCGUCAUCGUCCUCGGCGGACGGAGGGAUGAGCCAGACGUUGUUCACGCUAGCUUUGACGCUGGGUGUCGGAGGUGUGAUCCUGUCGCAACGGGGCAAGGUGACGAAUGAGGCGAGUGUGAAGGCUGCGAGGGCGGCGGGGGAUAAGGACGUGGUGAGGGAUAAGAAGAAGGUGGAUGAGCCGGUGUACGUGAAGGAGGAAGCGCCAGAAUCAUCACCUGUACCAGAAAUAGUCACCAAGAAGGAGCAUGAAGCAGAGGAAUCGAUCCAAGGAGAGAACGCAGCGAGCCAGGGAGCAUUCAAUGAGGAGACAGGCGAGAUCAACUGGGACUGCCCUUGCCUAGGCGGAAUGGCGGACGGACCAUGUGGCGAGGACUUCAAAGCCGCCUUCUCAUGCUUUGUCUAUUCCGAGGCGGAACCGAAGGGCGUGGACUGUGUCGAGAAGUUCAAGGGGAUGCAGGACUGCUUCAGGUUACAUCCGGAGAUAUAUGGCGAGGAGAUCGACGACGACGAGCAGGCCAACGCAGAACGACCGUUCGACUCGGAAGCUGGCGGAGAGGAGGUGGGCGCGGUGGACGCACCGCCAGUCAGGGCGCAUGCUGUCUCGGUGGACUCGUCGACUAUCAAGGCGGAAGCGGCGGAGGGUUCAGCUACGGGCACGCUGUGA